CUGGGUGUCACGUCACGGUCUCGUAAAGUGCACCGACUGAGCUCCGCGCCCCGCCGCGUCCUCUCGCAGGGGUCACACGCACUCAGCCGCGGCUCCUCUUUAGCGUGCGUUGUUACCGGGGCGGAGAGUGCAGCUUGUCGGGGGGACAGAGGACGCAGCUGUCACAUGCUGGACCCAACGCUUCCUCGAAGCUAAGCAGAAAGUGUGCUAGGACUCGAGUUUAAAGACCACAUCGCGUCAAAUGGGAAAGGCUGAAAUCGGCUUAGCGGUCGUUAGUGUUUUGAAAUAAGACGCUUUCAAAGUCGUGCGCCACGGACGCGUCGUUCAGGCUGCAGCGCGUUCGGUGGUUUUGAGUACCGUUACCGGGGAGACGGUAGCUACGACGACGGGUCGCUUUAAAUACUUGUGAGGCAACAUUUUUUGUAAGCGGUAAAGCCCUCGAUAAGAAUCAAACCAACGGGGCCAUUGCAUCUGCCGGAACUGAGCCGAGGGCACCAUAAGGACGGGAUCGAAGCAGCAUGGUUACCACAAAGGGAGCAGGUCUGAACCCCAAUGCUAAGGUGUGGCAGGAGAUGCCUGCUCACCAGAAUGACGUCCCAGAGGAGACCGAGGAUUCUCCGUGGCUACUGACCUACCCGCCUGCUGCUGAGAUGACAGACGGUUACGCCGACGUUCCAUCUUCAGCGGGAAAAGGAUAUGAAGCUGAAUUCCCAGACAGCACUGCUGCCUACGCCUCUGUACCCGCAGAGGGCAUUGUAAAUGGCACUGACCACUCUAAUUCUGAGUAUUUAGUCUUUGACCCUCAAUGUGACUCAGCCAUAGAUGCUGAUGCUUCUGAAGGCCAGCCAAUGUCCGAGGAGGACCUAAGAGAGUCUUUGAAGAAGCAGCUCGAGUUCUGCUUUUCUAGAGAGAACCUGUCAAAGGACCUGUACCUGAUAUCCCAGAUGGACAGUGACCAGUUUGUUCCUAUCUGGACCAUCGCUUGCAUGGAGGACAUUAAAGCUCUUACUACUGAUAUGGCUCUCAUUCUGGAUGUCCUGCGAGCUUUGCCUAUGGUGCAAGUUGAUGAACCUGGAGAGAAAGUUCGGCCAAACCAUAGUCGCUGCAUCAUCAUUUUGAGAGAGGUACCAGAGACUACACCAAUUGAGGAAGUGGAGGCUCUUUUUCAAAGUGAAAACUGUCCAAAAGUGUUAGGUGCUGAGUUUGCACACAACAGCAACUGGUACAUAACAUUUCAGUCUGAUAUGGAUGCACAGCAGGCCUACAGAUACCUAAGAGAGGAAGUAAAAACAUUCCAGGGAAAACCAAUAAUGGCCCGCAUUAAGGCCAUAAACACAUUCUUUGGUAAGAACAGCUUCCGCAGUGUGAACUCGAGUGUGUACAAUCAGCAGACUCAACCACAGGCUCAAUAUAGCGCCCCAGUUUACAUGCAGCAGGCGUACAGCCCUCAGCAGCAAUACCCCGUGUACCCAGUGGUGUCUCCCUCAUGGAACCCUGCGGUCGUCCCCUACUUUGAAACACCACUGGCACCUUUUCCACAUAGCAGUUUCAUGAAUGGUUACAGCAGUCCUGGGAACUAUGACGCAAACGCAAGCACCAUCAACAGCCAUCAAUCCAUAAGCAGGAACCGACACCAUGUUAAGGGUCACCCUAGGCCUGGAGACAUGCCUUCUCUUGCUCAAGGGCCCCUGGUGGAUGGCCUGUCUGGUCCCUUAAGUCCACGACCCUUCCAGACAUCAGCGAUUGCGACUGGCGCCACUUUGGAAACGGCCUCUCUAACCUCAUUCAGCCUUAAAGACACUUCUCCACAGGCCAUUGUACCCAGUGGAUAUCUGAGUGAGGCUCCCCGGGGCAGGAGAGGUAGCUACAGAGGCAUGAGGAGGAAAAGAGAAGAUGACAAUACUACGAGACCUGUCCCUCUGAUGGAAAUACCUCCUCCACCAAAGUUUGACCUGGCAGCUUCCAAUUUUCCUCCUUUGCCGGGAUCUGUGGCCACUAUGCUAGGAGAAACUAUGCCAGAGAUGCGCCUUUCUGAUGUUGUGCGCGGCCUAAAGGUAACCAACAAGCCUGUGAACCAAGAGGUUGCCGGGACCCGACAAACAAACAUCUCUGAAGAAGAAGCUGUCAGCAAACAAAAUGCUCUAACCCGGGUUGCUGAACCUCCUUCUGUGACCCCACAAACGGUGGAUCCACCAGUCUUAAGUGUUUCUCCUCCGGCGAAGGAAGAGGAUGUAGCUGAACCUUCUAUUCCUAAAGACGUCAUCUCGACAGCCUCGCCGGGUCCCUCCCCGACAGCCUCCGAACCCGCUUCCUCCGCCUGCAGCCAGUCUGUUUCUACAGAAGCACCUUCCUCACCUCCACCAUCUCCAACAUCGGAGCUGGGGUCAAGAAAGCUGAGCUAUGCAGAGGUGUGCCAGCGGCUGGCCAAGGAGCCGCCACCAGCACAGACGCCCUCUCCCUCCCCCCCCGCCUCCUCAGCCAACCAACCACUGCAGGAGCUCAAGGUUAACCGGGUGGAGGAGCCUCGUCCCACCUCCAGGCGCACUACAGAGAAACCCGGAGAGAGCCGCACCCCUCGCCAGCCUUUGCGCUCUUUCAGAGGGGCGAAUGGCCAAGCCCGACCCGGGACACUGAAGACUCGGGAGAAUCCGAGAGGCCUGAACACUAGCAAACCCUUCUCCCCUCACCGGGGAGCCAGACGCAGUGGCAAAGAACAGAACAUCCCCCCUAGAUCUCCAAAGUAACUGGGGAAAGAUUAACCUAUAAAACAAAGGAAAAACUAUAUUUAUGUAAAUAUAUAAUAUAUGUAAAUAGACAGAUGAAUAUAUUUCAUUUGAAAGACUUUUUCAAAGAAUCAAAAUAUUGUUGCAAACCUGAAAUACUUUUUAAGGAAGGUGCAAAUAUACUAAAUGGAGAAAACAUACUUUGCUUAAAGUAAUCGCACCGUGACGUUCCCAAAAGAUGCCUUUUAUAAACGGGCUGAAUCUGUAGUGUCUAAAUGUGCAGGAGAGAGGAAUAUUGUUACUUUUGAAAUAUUGGUCUUAACAUUUAGCAAGCGCAGUUGACAUCCAAAAUAAUAAAUGAGGCCCAUUGGGUUAGCGAUUAAUUGUUAGCAUGUGAUUCACCCAGGGUGAAAUACCAAAUCAAGGAUGUUAGUCUGAUUAUGAACGAUGAGGAAGAUGUUAAAUCCAUGGCGGAAUAAUAGAAACAGUGGGGUGUCAUUGACUAAAGAAGGUUUGAACUUUGAGUAGCUGUAUUUUAACGCCUUGCAUAACGUAGAAAUUGUCUACAGAAGAUGUUGAUGAAUAUGAAAUAUAUUCAGUGCAUUGCAAACAUAAUCCUUUGUUUUCGCGUUAGUCAUCUUAGUGAUGCAGGUGUUUGAUCAAUACCAGUGAUUGACUUACUGAACUACAUCAGUUUUUGUUUUUUGUUUUUACAGGAAUGUAUCAGGGGUUUAACUCCUGUGCACAUCUGUAUACCUUGUACAAAUUCUAUAGUUAGAAAAGUAGUUGUCAGCCAAAUUACCUCCUGUUGCCAAGUGUUAUUGGGCUUAAGCAGGAGCAGAAAAUCUAGUUUGCUGACAAGUCACCAAUGCUUGUGUGUGUGUGUGUGUUAUGGGGCUUGGCGGCUGACUUUGGUUCUAGGCCUGGCUCUGGAUGUGGCUCAUUCUUUAUUUCCACUUUCAGGAAGGUUUUUAAGAGUAGAAUGAUGGGUCCUGUACUAAGCUGUCUUUACUUGUUUAUUCCUCUCGAUUUAAGGUGGCUAUUUCAUGGUGAUGCAAUGAAGUUGAUAGCCUGCAUUAUUUCUCUAUUUGAUACACAAUAAGCUUCAGAUGAAUGUAGUCCUUUUUGGCAUAAAACCACUUUUGAGAUUGAUCUUGUAAAUGUCGAUAUGUAGUAGUAGCUUUCUUUGAGCGAGUGCAUAUACAGAUUGUUUUUCUUAAUGUCUUGUUCUUUGUGCUGGGUUUAAUUUUCUUCUAAUGGUAUUAACUGUUUUUGUAAUAUGAGUACAUAAGUGUGUCAAUUGAUCUAAGAAAAGAUUUGUACUUUGUAAUUGACAAUUGGAUUGUGAGCCAGUUAUGUCAAAGGUGAACCGAAUACACCUGGACUUUUAGUGGUGGGAGUAUAAAUGCACUAUCCUUAAAUCUCCAGGAUUUUAAUCCUAAAAAGUUAAACAUGGAAAGGGGUUGCACAGAAUUGUUCAACUUGAGUGUAACUGUUUAAUUAUAGUGUUUGCUUUUCCUCAGAUUAGUCUGUUGUUGCAAUUGGAAAUGAACAAAAAAAAAUCAGUGAAGAUAAGAGUUGCAGCUUUUUAGGAUUUGGGGGAUAAAUCAUUAUAAAUGUCUGCUGCUUUUAGGGACUUGAUUACAGUGUGUUCUGUGUCUUGUAAUCAGUAGUUCAACUGUGUUUGUAUACUGUAUUAUGUGUGUUAGAGAAAUUGUAUUGGCUUCAGACUGCAUGGAACUAUUGUCACAAACCAAACCUCCAGUGCCUUAACUCGUUUCAGUAAAAACGGCAAAUAUUGUGAGCACAUCUAUUCGUCACACUAAACAUGGCUGAUUAAUUCUUUUGUCAAAAUCCAAUGUAUCAGUUUUUGACAUUGAAGACACUGGAUCUACUUGUGGUCCCUUGUUAUUUUAGGUACAGGGCUGGUUAAAGUGAAGCUUUAUGCCUGUGCGCAUGUUUGUCCGUUAUGUCUAUGACACAUUUUAUUCUCUUAGCUUGUCAAUGCAAUGUCAGUCUUGUAACCGAAUGCUGCGUUCACUCGCAAUCAUGAGAUUGCAGUUUUACGCCAAAUACACUGGUUUAUUAAGUGAUAAUGUGAUUUCUGAGUCUGAGAUGUCAAAAUAAAAAAAAAUAUUUUUAAACUUA